AUGCAUUCAGGCGAAAUGCAAAAAAGUGUAUCAGUGCAAGUAGAUAGUGAUUUUGCCUUGUUGCUUCCUAGUGGCGCCUAUGAAAUAAAAAAAAUGGAACCGAGAUCGAAGCUCCGGAAAGUGAUCCUUUUCUGUUUACUACUUUCUCUUUUCGGGAUGGUAGCAUUUGGAUAUUUUUGUCCAGAUCAGGUUUGCGCGCUAUCAGCUAGGGACAGAGUAUCCGAGUCCUUAGCGUUAACGUAUGCGGAGGCACCAGGAAGGCCGCUACCAGAUGUGAUAGUAAAACCGGGCCUGUCCUAUGAUGAAGUCCUCCACGAUGACUUCAGAUUCGAUCUCGACGCCCACGAUGUCAUGGUCUUCUUGCAUAUUCAGAAGACGGGAGGCACAUCGUUCGGGAAGCAUCUAGUCAUGGAUUUGGAUUUGAAGAGACCGUGCAACUGUCAACGGGCGCGAAAACGAUGCCAUUGUUUUCGGCCGCACAGCAACGAAAUAUGGCUCUUUUCGAGAUACUCUACCGGCUGGAAAUGCGGCCUCCAUGCUGACUUCACCGAAUUAACGGCCUGUGUGGGUGGUGAAUUGGACCGGCACGAAGGCUCAGCCGUCCACAGGCGAUAUUUUUACAUCACGCUACUCAGGGAGCCAGUGGCAAGGUAUCUCUCUGAAUACCGACACGUUAAGCGCGGCGCCACUUGGAAGGGCUCCCGACACUGGUGCCAGGGACGAACCGCUACAGCUUCUGAAGUACCAGCGUGCUACACGGGAGAGUCUUGGCGUGGGGUGACACUCGAAGAGUUCGCUGCCUGCCAAUGGAAUUUAGCCAACAAUCGACAGACUAGGAUGUUGGCUGAUCUCGCGCUAGUCGGUUGCUACAAUGGCACAUUGAGGCACCGCAGCGUUGAAUCAGAUCGGGUACUACUCGCAUCGGCCAAGAGGAACUUGGCCGCGAUGGCGUACUUUGGCCUCACUGAAUAUCAAAAGAUAUCCCAGUACGUGUUCGAAGAGACAUUCAAUUUGAGGUUCGCUGUACCGUUCACGCAGCACAACGCGACGGUGUCCGGUGCCACGCUGGCUGCGCUGUCGCCGGUGCAGGUGGCCAGGAUCAAGCGGCUGAACUCGCUCGAUCUAGAGCUAUACGAGUUCGCCAAGAACCUCAUGUUCAAAAGAUUCGAGGCGUUGAAGAAACGGGACACGGACUUUGAGUAUAGGUGGCGGCACCUCGGCGAAGUGUCCCGCACCGGUGUCACAGAAUUCGAUUGGGACAGUAAUCUAGAAGACGCCACCACCGAGAAAUACAGGGGCAAGUAACCUUAUCUCGCGCCAGCCCGAGUUUGGCAUCGUGACGUCACCGCAUCUUAGUGCACUAGUCAACUAGUCAAAAGCUCUGGAACAAUAUGUAAGCACAGACUAUUAAAUUUGAUACACGUUUACCACGCAGUUGUAACACGUCAGUGGCGUGAUAUUAAAAACUAGGUCUUUGCUGUGAAUUACUGCCAUUUUGUAUGCAAUCUCUUUGCGGAAGUUAUGCUUUUAAUAUUAUGCUUAAAACUAAAAUUAAUUUGUUAAGAAAGCUAGGUCUUUACUGUGAAUUAUUAUCGCCUCGUAUGCAAAUUUUGCACAACUUUUCACACUUUUCUGAAAGUGAAACUAAUUUCUUGUAAAAUUGUCGGUCAAGUUUUAUUUAUGUUUACCAAUAGUAUUUAGAUAUUAGUUCUAGGCACGUAGAAGUUACAAUAAAUUUAAGUGCCAAUUCUGCUAAAAGAAGAUGAGCUAUUUUUUUAUAUUCUUAAUGAAAAAUGCUUAAAUAUCCACUUUGUCCCUGGUAUUCGAACCCACGAACUUUCGCAAUCCAAGCGACUGCUCUAACCGCUGAGCUACUCAGAACUUAAUACGAUUGACGAAUUUUUCAAGCACACGUUACUUUUUCGCUACUACAGAGCGGAAAAGCUCAGUGGUUUCUAAUCACGACCUUUGGCAAUCCCACCUUCAUCCAAUAUAGCAUUGUGAAUAUAAUAGCAAUAUUUUAUUUUAUUUUUUAUCACAACUGUAACUCACACAUAGGGGCAAUAUAUUUCGGCAUUUAUCGCCCGGUAAUCCCAGAAAUGUUAUAACAAUAGCGCCUAUAUCAAAAAUGUUUGGCUAUAUUGCCGGGAUAUAACGGCUGAUAUAUCUUGUAACUUUGCCGGCCACUGUGUUGCAAUUGCCAAAAUAUAUUGUUAAAAUUCGAAAAUAUGGUGUUCGUUUAAAACGAUAACUAAAAACAAAAAAAUCAUAGAAGUCGUAAAAUAUAUGACAGUUAAAGACCUAUUUUAAAAUAGUAAAUGAACAAAUAGGUAUAAAAUCAUCAUUCCUAAGUUGAAAUGCGUAAAAUGUGUUCGAUUCACAAGAGUUAUGUAUAACCGAUUAUUUGCGGUGCUACAUAAUUUCCAUGACAACCACUAUACCCAUGUGCUACUAAAAAUCCAUCCUCUAUAUGUUAUAAACUAUAUUUUUAAUGACGUGAACGUAUUGUAGAUUGUUGUUGGUUAAAUGUUGAAAAAUGAUAGAACAGGGUAGGUAAUAAUGCAUCUAGACAGAACCCAACGAAACAUAGCUUAUAAAAAUGUAGUAUUAUCGCAUAGGAGACCGGUGACUCGUAAUAAUAUUGAGUACAUAAUAUAUUAGCUUGCUCAAUAAACGUGAAGAAAACAUUAACAUUGUAUAAUAUAUUUAAUAAAUUGUGAGUGAAGCUGUGUAAAUUUUGUAAGUAGUUAUUAUAAGUUUUAAAUUUUAGGCUCGGCAUAAACCAAGCGAUGAUCAGUAUCUCAACUUUUGGUAAUGUUAAUGUAAUUACAUUAUAUUGAUGUCGUUUCAAUAACGUCUCUUUUUGACAUAGAUUUUGUUAAUAACAAGUUGCCUUUAUUAUUGAUUCGGUUACAGUAAAGUUUACGGUUAUGGUAUGUAAAUGCAAUAAAGGCGUCUCAACAGGGCGCUUCAGUUAAUUGAAUUUUCCACUGUAUUAAUUGACUGAGAUCCAAUAUUUAUAGGCCUCCAAUAGAUAAUUUUACAAAUAAAAGGGAACCAAUAUCUUUGUCAUUUUGAACUGUGUUAGAAAGAGAUGUUAAUGAAACGUAAUUGAUACCAUAAUAACAAUUUUAGCGCGACAUCUAGUGUGGGAAAUUGAAUAUAUGUGUAUCUAAAACGCGUGUCACCCGAAGUCACUUGGUGCAAUAAAACAAUGUUCUCUGUAAACAUUACCAUGUGUCGUAAAAAUGUAAGGGAUGCUUGUCGCUGAUUAUUGGUAGCUAAAGACACUGGCACGUUUUGUGCCGAGCCUUAUUAUAAAAAUAAAACGGUUGACGGCUCACUGGUCGAACAAUAACUCAUAUUUAAACAAGUGUAUUAAACUAUGUACAUAGUGAUUGUAAUAUAAAUUCGCAUUUAAGCUGAAUAUUAGUUUUUAAGAAGCGAUCAACAUAUUUUUGUGAGGUGAAUAUGUAUUUUAUUUUAUUCAAUAGUUGAAUAAUAUCUCUGUUGAAAUUGACCAAAGAACUAAAUGACAUGUACUCUUAAAUACAUUAAUGUGAAGAGAUUCAUAUUGGAAUGUUACUGUUAGAUUAUUUGUUUUUCAAUUAUUAGCUUUUUGGUUAUUAUAUAAUUACAGAGGCUUUAGUUAUUUUUUCCCAGAAUUAUAAACUACAAUUUAAUGUAUGAAAUUGAAUUUUGAUUUAUCGAUAAUAUUAUUUUUAUACGUUAAAUAUGUAGGCAGCUAGGAUGACCGUUGGUGAUGGUGAAUUUAAAUCAGUAACACAACUUAAUUAAUUACAUUGUCUUCAAUAUUUCUAUUGAGGUUCCAGUCUUCAAUUGAGGUCCCACUGCGAUAGCUGCUUUUUCAAUAAUAUAGACUAUAAUAUCCAGUAAGUAAGGACUGAAAAGAGUAGGUAUAAGAUUUAAAGAAGCAAAGAGUAGCAAGCUUUAUCAUGAUCUAAUGCAACCCGUCGCAGGCACGUUUUCUGUGCAUUGAAUGAUGAUACGAAUAUCGUGUACGCCCGAGUAAAUUGUACCAGAGAGAACUAACGGAACCCGCUCAAUGCACUCGGUUAUAUAUUAGUUUAUGUUGAAGCUAUUUUUUUUUUAUUAAGGUUUUAUAGCUUUAUAGUGUCUAAUAAGUGCCAGUGGCGCAGCUAGGUGAGGGUCCUUCGCGAUGCCUUGAUUUUCUUUCAAUAAUCUCCUUUCGUACGUGUAAUCUAAAACUGAUUUGAUACAAUUUUUUUGCGAAGUUGAAAAUUAAAUCUUAUUGGGUAGAUACAGUGGAAGUAUAUAUUUUGGGAAAAAUAAUUGUUAGAAAUACUCUCGUCGAUGCAAUUUCGCCUACUCCUAGAUUAGGUCUACGCCAUACUUGAUUGGUGCAGUUUAUAUGAUAAAAAAGUUUAUUAUUACAUUAUUUCAUAUAUUAGGUAGCUAACUUAAAAACACCUAUAUUAUAUGGAAAGUGUAAUCUCGUUAACUGGCGGAAUCUUUCCAUUACAACAGAUUUUUCCCACUGAUGAAACAAUAGUCAAUAAACAUCUUCAUUACUAAUAAGUUUUAUUGGUAAGCAACGGAUGACAAUGACAAGAUAUGAAAUUACACUUCUGAUUUAUUCAGAGCAACUGAUAUAGAUGGAAUUAAUUAUGAAACUUAAUGAGUGAAUGUGACGUCACAAUAAUAAUUAACAGUCUCUGUAUUGACGUUGUUACUACCUAUGAGUUAUAUGUCUUUAUAGAAUAGGGCUGAUGACUGGGU